AAGUCUUAACUUUCAUUUCUCUUCUUGCUCGGCAGAAAUCAGACUUAGGGAAGGAGUCCUCAGGUCAGUGUGGCCUCUAUUUGCUCCUCUUCACAAAUUCGGGAACUCUUGGUUGGUGUCUGAAAGCCUGAGAGCAAAUCUAGAGGGCAGAAUUUGGAAGAAAACACUCUUUGUUCUGUCACACAGGUACCUGAGCAGAAGUGUCAGGAGUGUGGAAAGACAAACUCAGCAUCACAGCAACAAUGUCCUCAUCAGUACUGGGGAUGGUCAAGGAGGAGGUGACCUGUCCUAUCUGUCUAGAGCUUCUGAAAGACCCUGUGAGUGCUGAUUGUGACCACAUCUUCUGCCGAGCCUGCAUCACUCUGAACUAUGAAUCCAGAAAAGGCAAAGAAGGGGAGGGCAUCUGCCCUGUGUGCCGAGUUAGUUACCUGUUUGGGAAUCUGAGGCCUAAUCGGCAUGUGGCCAACAUAGUGGAGAGGCUCAAGGAGUUCAAGUCCAGCCCAGAGGAGGAGCAGAAGGUGAAUGUCUGUGCAAAGCAUGGAGAGAAACUCCAGCUCUUCUGUGAGAAGGACAUGAUGGCCAUCUGCUGGCUUUGUGAGCGAUCUCAGGAGCACCGUGGUCACCAAACAGCUCUCAUUGAAGAGGUGGCCAAUAAGUACAAGGGGAAGCUCCAGGCUGCCCUGGAGAUGCAGAUGGCUAAUGAGAAAAGAUGUGACCAGUGGGAAGACAACAUUCAAAAGGAGAGAACUACCUGGGAGAACCAAAUACAGAGUGAGGCAAAAAACAUUCAGAAGGAGUUUAAAGGACUGCGGGAAUUCCUGGACUCCAAGGAGAAGAAUGAGCUGCAGAAGCUGAAGCAAGAGUGGGAAGACAUUCAGGACAUCCUGGAAGAUUCACAAAAUGAGCUGGUGAAGCAGAGGGAUUCAGUGAGAGACCUCAUCUCAGAUCUGGAGCAACAGUUGGAGUCCUCAACCAUAGAGAUGCUGCAGGGUGUGAAUCAUGUCCUAACAAGGAGUCAGAACUUAAGACUGAAAGAGCCUGAAACGGUUGCAAAUAAACAGAGAAAGACCUUCCUAGCUCCAGAUCUGAAGGGCAUGCUGCAAAUGUUUCAAGGGUUCCAGGAAGCCCAGCACCACUGGGUUCACGUGACCCUGUGUCAUAUCAACAUUAAAAACAUUGUCAUUAACAUGGACAAAAGACAAAUACAACAUAGAAGUGGUUAUAGAAGAAAUUUGCAACUUUCUGAGUCUUAUGAUUUAGGUGUCCUGGGGUUUCCUUCUAUCCACUCAGGGAAACAUUACUGGGAAGUAGACGUGUCUAGAUGUGAUGCCUGGCUCCUGGGAAUAAACGAUGGAAGAUGUGCUCAACCCCAGCUUCCUUCAAUGAAUCAACAGAGCGUCAAAGCCAAAUAUAAUUCUGAUGUUAACCAACAUGUAAAUUAUCAGCCCAAAUGUGGCUACUGGGCUAUAGGGAUGACGAACAGGUAUGUGUAUAAUGCCUUUGAAGAGUGUUCUGUCACCCACAAUGCCAGUGUCUUGCUCCUCUCUCUGAAUCAUCCUCCCACUCGUGUUGGAGUUUUCCUGGACCGAGAAGCUUGCACUCUCUCAUUUUAUGAUGUUUCCAACCAUGGAGCUCUCAUCUACAGAUUCUAUGAACCGAACUUCCCUACUGCGGUUUUUCCAUAUUUUAAUUCUAUGGGUUGUUCAGAGCCAUUGACAGUCUGUGGGCCACCCUCCUAAGCCUUUCCCCAUAUCUGCACAGUGUCCACAUGUCUGAUGUAUCUCAUAUAUCAAAGCUCUGUGGGAUCAUUUUAACUUUUUUUUCCUGCUUUGUUUGGAGGGAACCAUCAAACUGCCUUGGCCUAGCUGACUUGAGAGGCAUGAGUCAUAGGUUUUUUAUGUCAGAGUACGUGGCUCCUGGGGUACGCUGGGCCUUCCAGUACCCAAGAGAUGAAUGUGCUCACUUAGGCAUGAAACAUUCAGGCUAUAUUGCAUUCUCUGUUCCCCCUAAUAGUCAAGGAAGCGUGGAAAUUUGACAGGACAAUAGGUAUUAGACAUUAAUCUUGGGUACCCUGUAUAACCUGCCAUCUUCAUUGUUUUCUGACAAGUAAAAUGCAUUGAUCCUGGCAAUUGCCACUAUGAUCUGUUUCUGAUAAAGGUAUAAAAAUCUUAUUGCUCUCAAUAAAAUUGUCACAGCCUUUAUCUUGCUGUGGUCCCUUAACCUGAGACUAUUUCCAUUCCCUGAGGCCAUAUCAGGUGACCUUGCCCUAGUAAGUGACCCCUAGCACUCCCAUUUUGUCUUUCUAUUUUAAUAAUUUUUUUCACAAUGCAAACCAGUAUGGAUUCUUUUCCUUAAUCCAAUUGCUUGUCUGUUUACAAGGCAAUAAUAAUUCAUCAUUUUCCAAAUUCCCAAAGACAAUAUCUGUUCCUCACAAGGUGAGGUAAGACCUCUGCUAACCCGCACUUCCUGUUUUGUGCUGCCACAGAUGGAAGCCAGGGCCUUGUGCAUGCUGAGGAGGUGCUCUGCCCCUGAGCCACUUGUCUCAGCUGUGCCAAGUCUCCAUAACCCCAUUCCUCUGUCACUGACAGAAGAUGACAGAAAGUACUGAUAUGGGAUGUACUUCUGUAUAUGUCUUUCUUUUAUUGCUCAUUAAUAGAUUUGAUUUGGCUUAUGGAAGGGCAGAACAUAGCCAGUAUAGACGAGGUAUAUAUAUAUAGAGAGAGAGAGUAAGUGAAUUCAGAGUGAUACCAUGUAGCUGCAAAAGGAAAGAGAUGUCCUGAACCUUACCCGGUAAGCCACAGUAUCGUGAAGAUACACAGAUUAAUAGAAAUGGAUUAAUUUAAGAUGUAAGAGUUCCUUAAUGUGAAGUCUGAACUAAUAGACCAAGCAAUGUUAUAAUUA